GGGCUGGAAACCCCCAAGCGGGGGCGAUGAACGGCUUGGGGCCGGAGGAGGAGGAGGAGGAGGAGGACGGGCGGGAGGGGCCCGGGCCCGGGGCCGGCCCCGGGGCGCCCCCGGCCCCCGCCCAGCCCUGCUGCUGCUGCUGCCUCAUCGACGCCGGACAGCGCUGCCUCCGCCCCGCCGGCAACGCCUCCUUCAGCAAGAGGAUCCAGAAGAGCAUCUCCCAGAAGAAGCUCAAGCUCGACGUCGACAAAAGUGUAAGACAUCUCUACAUCUGUGAUUUCCAUAAAAAUUUCAUUCAGAGUGUACGAAAUAAAAGGAAGAGAAAGACCAGUGAUGAUGGAGGUGAUUCCCCCGAGCACGAAACAGAUGUCCCAGAGGUGGAUUUGUUCCAGUUGCAAGUGAACACCUUGCGGCGUUACAAAAGGCAUUACAAGCUGCAGACCAGACCAGGAUUCAAUAAGGCACAGUUAGCAGAAACUGUCAGCCGCCACUUCAGGAAUAUCCCCGUGAAUGAAAAGGAGACCCUGGCUUACUUCAUAUACAUGGUGAAGAGUAACAAAAGUAGGCUGGACCAGAAAUCAGAGAGUAGCAAGCAGCUGGAGUGAUGAUGAAUUGGACUUUAAAGAAAUUAAGGACAGGUGGUAUCCGGUGCGUUGAAGCGAAGGAAGACUGUUAAAUUUUAAUGUAAAUAAUAAAAAGUAUGGAUGAUGGAAUAAUGUAAAUCAUUUUGCUCAGAAGGAAUUGUUUUAACAAUUCAGCAUGUGUAUCAAAGAGUUUCUUUUCAUUUUAUGUCAAUAAUUGAACCGUUGGAAGAAAUAAAGAGCAAAGCUGCAUAUUUACGAUU